AAUCUGAGGAUCCUUCAGCCUAGUUCCCUCUCCCCCUACUACCCCAAGGUCCUGAUGAUGGAUGGGAAAAAGGGGGGAGAGGGAAAAAGCCGGAGGGGUGAGAGACUCCAUUCAGCAUGCAAGGAUUUGAGUUCUAAUCCCUGCGCUGUCUUUUACUACGUAGGAGAUCUUGGGCAAAGCCCCUAACCCCUCCCAUACCGCCUUUCAUAGUUGAACUGCUAGAUUUUACCGAUAAAAAAUGGAAGCCCGGAGGGGAAAGGGAUUUGCAGCCUGAUCAUGGAAGAGAGGAGGGGAGGACAGACAGUCUGGGAAGGCAUAAUCUGCAUAGCCAUCUUCAUUGGCCUCUUCUUCACCCGCUUUUGGUUCCUCAGCAUGCUAUAUUCAGUCUGGUGGUACCUGGAUAGAGACACCCCAAGGAAAGGUGGGAGACAGAUCCAAUUCAUAAAGCGAUGGCGUGUGUGGAAGUACCUGGCUGACUACUUUCCUGUCUCACUCAUCAAGACAGUGGACCUGGACCCAACCCAGAACUAUAUUGCCGGCUUCCACCCACAUGGUGUUUUGGCUGCUGGACCCUUCAUCAAUUUCUGUACUGAAGCCACCAAUUUUUCAUCUUUGUUUCCUGGGAUCCGAUCCCACCUGAUGAUGCUGACUUUGUGGUUUCGAAUUCCCAUCUUCAGGGACUAUAUCCUGACUGGAGGUCUAGUCACGUCAGAGAAGGAGUGUGUUUCAUACUUGCUGAGCAAGAAGGAAGGUGGAAACUUGCUAGUGGUCAUUGUGGGAGGUGCCCAGGAGGCCCUGGAUGCUCGACCUGGAAACUACACACUGUUACUGAGGAACCGAAAAGGAUUUGUUAGACUUGCUUUGCUUCAUGGGGCAAGUCUGUUGCCAAUAUUCUCCUUUGGGGAGAAUGAACUCUUUGACCAAAUUGACAAUCCCCACGGGUCCUGGCUACGUUGGUGCCAGGAAAAACUGCAGAAGGUCAUGGGCAUCUCCCUCCCGCUCUUCCAUGGCCGAGGGAUUUUCCAGUACAAUUUUGGCCUGCUCCCUUACCGAAGGCAAAUCACUAGUAUUGUGGGGAAACCCAUCAAGGUGAAGCAAAAUAUCAACCCAUCCCAAGAGGAAGUGGACCGUCUGCACCAGCAGUACAUGACAGAACUAUGCAACCUCUUUGAAGCCCACAAGACCAAAUACAAUAUCCCCCCGGAGCAGCACCUGGAGUUUCGAUGAGCCCACCACCUGCCAUGCUCUUCCUCUGCCCUGUCCUUGUGUGACAUCAAAAAAUAAUGGAGUCUUGACUAGCAACUGUGGUGCCAAAGCAAACAAAAGAAACAAUUCACACCCAUCUUUUUCAUACUUAAAGGAUCAUAGAUUUAGAGAAUAUAGAAUCCAGCCCCUUUAUUUUAUAGAUGAGGAAAUAGAACCCCAGAGAUGGAAAGUGACUUAUCUAAGAUGACACAAUUUUUAGAUGUCAGAAACAGGAUCCAAAUUAAGGUUUUGACUCCAAAGACAUUUAUCUGCUUAGCUGCUCCAUAAUUCAUGAUAUGAAAAAAUAUCUAAAGUAGUUAAGAAAUCUUCAAUUUGGGGGUUCUGAAAAUUGAGGAAUGGUGGGGAAACUACAAAUCAAUACAACUAUUUUGGAAAGCAAUUUCAAGUCAUUCAAAUAAAGGGACUAAAAUGUUGAUGCCCUUUAUUCUAGAGAUUCUACUGUUGGUCAUGUACCCCAAGGGAGGGCAUUGAUAAAAAGAAAGGCACCAGAUACACCAAAAUAUUGCUAUCAGCACUUUUUUGGCAGCUAGGAACUAAAAACAAAAUAGCUGCCCAUUUAUUAGGGAAUGGCUAAAUAAACUGUGUUCCAUGAAUGUAAUAGGAUGUUACUGUGCUAUAAGAAAUUAUAUGUGUGCUGAAUACAGAGAAGUAGGAAAAGAUCUCCAUGAACUGAUAGAGUGAAGUAAGCAGACCCUAGAAAACAAUAUUCACAGUAACAACAACGAGAAUGGAAAGAACAACUACAAACCAAUCAAAACUGAAAGUUGACAGAAUUACAAAAAAAUAAACAACCCAAAGAGUUAUGAAAAGAUUACUUUUCCAAGUCCUUUGCAGAGAGGGAAGCUGUAUAGGUAUGGAAUAUCAAAUCUGUGGUCAAAAUUUUUCAAGUAUUGGUUUUUCUCUUUUUUCCCCCUCAUCUUCCUCUUUUUUAAAAAAGCAAUCUUUUGUUAUAUGGGAUGGCUCUCUGGGAGGUAGAAAGAGAGAGAAGCAUUCAGAGAAAAAUUCAAACAAUGUAAAGGCAAAAAUGUCAUUAAACAUU